AUGUGGCUCAUUUUCGGAUUCGUACUAGCCGCCUCGGCAUGUGAUUUGUCGAAACAGGCUAAUUGGCCGAAUGGCACGUACGCAAAGCUUCAUUGGUGGCAAUGCGGAGGCACCACCACCUAUCACUCGGCGGUCACACAAGAUGUCAAUGGCAAGGCUAUCUACCCCAUCAAGCUCACUGAGCCAUUGGUCGUCGAAACCGACUGGGAGCUAAAAAAUACCUUUGAAAAAGGUGUUCUCUCGUCAAUUAAACUGUGGGCUUACAAGGGUAUGAUCGGGUGUGACUGGAGUGAGGUACCAACUCUUGGAUUACUUUCGAACCUGGAUGCUUGUGAGCACGGUGUGCCUUGUCCCGUAAAACCCGGACGCCAGACGACAAAAAUCACAUUGGAUUUUACGCAGUUUAAGUCGGUAAUCCGUCUCCUCCAAGACAAUGCCCCGUACCAGCUACAGUAUCAAUUACACCAGGGCUCUAAUUCGGCUUGCAUUAUGUCCCAGGCACGAGCGUUCACGAAA